CCUGCGGCGCGGUGGGCGUGGAGGAGGGAGGAGGGGGGGGGAGUUAACCAGCGACGAGAAAAUCGGGUAGCCUGGCGCUAACAUGGCAUGAAUAACGGGGUGGCGAGUAGGACGGGUGGGUAGCAGAUAGAGACCCACGUAACGGCCCGCGAUCUGUUACCGUUGGAAAACAGCAUGUCAUGUCUGCUGUGUGAAGGGCCGCACUCGACUUGAAGAGAUCACUACGUCAACAAGUCCUGGCGGAAGAGAACUGUCCGACGUCGCGCUGUGUCCACAAGCCGUAGACACGGCACAGGGGGGUCAGGAACACGAGGGACUGCAGACGUAACACGAUGCCUCGUAACCCUCGUGACUGAGUGGCUCAGCGAUGGGACUAACCUUGGUUCGUGGACAUGGAUGGAAGCAAUGACACCGGAAACAACAGUCGUACAACACUGAACUUCUCUGACAAUAUUUCCACGAACUCAAUCCCACAUGGCGAGCUGCUUUGCUGGGGAUGUGGAGAGUUUGGACAACACUGCCACGGUCAUAGCGGCGACGUGGGUUUUUCAGACGCGAUGGUUGAUCCCUGUAGCCUGGAAGGGUCUUCAGGAGGCGUGUCUGCAGUGGCGUGCGGUUCAAGCCACACUGUUCUAGUAACAGGUUCUGGUCAGAUCUAUGUCUGGGGAAACGGCAACAGCGGACAGCUCGGGUGUGGGGACCAGACUUCGCGAUGGAAACCCACACAGAUCCAUCUGUCGUUGCGACUUCCGCCAGGGGCGACAAUACGCUCGGUGGCCUGUGGGAGCCGCCACACCAUGGUGGUGCUAACGAAUGGACACGUGUACUCAUUCGGCAACAACUUCUACGCGCAGCUGGGCUACAACUUCCGAGAGAAGAAUUACAAAGAAAACCAGGUAGAGCGGCAAUGUUUGUACCGGGUGGCAAGCAUUUGUUUUCAAAAGGGUGUUCCUGGCAGAAGUGUAUUUUGUAAAAGAGUUGCACUUGAGAAAACUAACUCUCAGACCUCAGCUGUUGGAGUUCUGGUGAGUCGCCCGGUGCGGCAAGUGUCUUGCGGUGACAAACAUUCGCUUUUCUUGUUCGAUGAUGGCGACGUGGCUGCUGUCGGGAACAAUGCCCAUGGGCAGAUAGGUGAUGGGGGCCACCAGGAGUCCGUGGUACCGAAACCCGUGGAGCUAGACCACCCCGUGAGGGAAAUCACCUGUGGCCCAAACCACAACCUGGUAAUUACAGAGGAGGGGCAGCUGUACAUAUGGGGAUACAGCAAGGCCUGUGGGCGGAGGAGGCAUGAUGUUCGACUUCCAGAACACAUCGACAUCAAAGGGAAGGAAAUCAGGCAGGCAGCAGGGGGCAGCUCACACAGUCUCGCCCUUACAGUUAAAGGCAAAGUCUACUCAUGGGGCUUUGGACCUGAUGGUCAGCUGGGACUUGGUCCUGACCUUCUGACCUCCGCUAAGCCUCAUCGUCUUCGCCACUCGAUGCUUGCCGAAGGUGUGUCACGGGUGGCUUGUGGCGACGCUUUCUCGGCAGCUGUUACAGUGACCGGCCGACCUGUGCAUGUGGGGUCGCAACAGUCACACCAUAGAGACAGGCCUGGGCUCCUUACACCGUGUGUUCGAACCCAGGUGUCUGACUUGGGGAGCAGAGAGAAGCCCGACCCUCCCAGAGUCGGGGACAAUCCGCAGUGUGGAGUGUGGCGCCUGGCAUGCAGCAGCUCUGAUAGGUCUCCCAGAACCUUUACCUCACUCGAGUGACUCAGACGAGUCGGAUGCAGAAACAGAAGAUGGCAGCAUCCACAGUGUCAGUUCUUGGACCAGCUCUGUGCAGGACUUUGGUGAUGAAGACCUGAAUACUACAGUUGGCGAUAUUGAAGUAUCACCGCCGCCGCAAGCCACGUCGUCUUCAGGGUCAAAGGUCGCAUCUUUGUGGUGCCCAGGGGACAGACCAAGCUGACUCUGGCAGAGUUCUAUGCUACAACAGAUAGCAACAGAUCAGUGGCGAGCUUAGACAAAACGUUUGUAGCGCCGACUGCAAAGAGAGGUAAACCGCAAGUGUCUCUAGUAUGCUGCCUCGGUUUGGUGCCAGAACGAUCUGCAAUCGCCGCCCCCAGGUCCCUGUCCGUAGAGGUGCCAACGGCGACAGGUGAACCAGACUCCGACGAGGAGGACCCGCUCUCGCCCUCCGCCAACUCUUCCGCAGUCCACCUGCUGAGGUCGACCAGGUUCUCAGAGAAUCAAAGGUAAAGUCAUCUUGCCAGCCUCCCCAGAGUCCACAAGCAAAAGACUGCGAUUGUGUCGGAUGAUGGCUCCUCGCGAAACGCUGUGGGCGUGAAGCCGCCAUCUUCCGGAGUCAGUGGCAGAGAAGGCGUUCACGUGACUGCAAGCAGGUCGAAAGUCACGCAGUCAAAGGUCGCCAGUACUGUGCAGGUCAGCCGCACGCCAGCCAAGAAUUUCUCCUUGCCCAGAGAACCCACCGUAGUGGUCAACAAGCGCAUGGACUUCCUGGACCCCAGCCAACUCCUGACGGGCUCAGGAGCACACGUGACAGGCACGUCAGCCAGAACAUUUGGGGUCAGAUCAGACAAUGACCUCGGCAGCCUCACCAAAGAACAAAGCACCACGAGCAUCCCUGGUCCUACGGAGGGCAUGAGAGAGAGGUCAGGAGACGUCAUCAGGUCUGGGAUUUCAACGUCUGGCUCCAACGGUCAACAUGUGCCGAUAGUCCAGCUUGAAGGCGUCCUCGGGGUUGCAGAAAACGGCUACUUACCCUGCGAGUCUCAAACAGCGCCCCGACCUCUUCAGGAUCUCAAGUGGUUUGAUGAGCUGCCCUCCAAAACAGUUUCCAACCUUAGUCCGCUGAUGAAACGGUCCCCCAAUUUGAUUGGUGCGCUUCCGGGACAGUGGUCACGCAGCCCCAGCAAAUUUUAUCAUAAGCCAGCAUCAAAGUGGGUCUUGAAUGGCUCCUCCAGACUGCUGACACCAGCACCAACUUCCUCCCUCCAUCUCUCAUCAGAGCGAAGACUUUCGCUGCGACUGUCGGUUCUCAGCAGAAGGUGAUGGGAGAGCAGGCAAUCAAGAAACAGGAAAAACAAAAGUCCUCAAAAGCUACAGGUAAAGAGGCCAGAGACAGUGGCAGAGGAGUAAGGGGAGAGAAUGAUGGACCUUCCGGUGUCAAGACUGUUUUGCCCGGACUGCGAAAAGUGCCAUCUUGUGCUGACCCGGAAGUGACCCAUAGGAAUCCAAUCUUCUCGAGCGCCACUUCUUGGCAACAACGCCAUCAGGGUAAUAUUUUCUCCCCCGACCCAGCUAUGAAUUCCCAAGCAUCUAGUACAAAACAGUGGUAUUUGUCGAUGAAGACUUCCCAGCAUGGAACAGAGGAGACUCCCACCUGGUAACAGGGGCCGCCACUCCUGCUACUAGUCUACUAUUACCUACCUGCAGCACAUUCUUUCUAAGCGCACAUAAUCAGCUGUAAACAAUCAUACCAUUGCUAAGCAACACUCCAAAGAGUAUGCAGGGUGAGCGAUUGGUAGCUCCCAAUGCUAUGUCUUGACAACACCACUCGACGACGACGAAAGAGAACAGUCAUCCACGAUGUCUAACCUCUGUAGUCUCGUUAUCUUCAAACACCAUUUUCGCAACAGAUGCACUACCGACUGGCUCCGAUACCAAUGAAUAUCAUGAUCAAUGUCAGAGAGGAAGUGUUACUCGCUGUAUUAGUGACAAGAGACGAAUGUCAAACCUCUGUGUUGAAACUUGUCUUAAAUGAACUUCGUUCAAACAAAUUAGCGACCGUUGUCAAUCCUAGUAAACUAGAUGCAGUGUGGGGUAAAAAAAAAAAUGUUCCUAAAAUUGGUACCUUCCUGCUAGUCGAUUGGCUGUCGUCAAAGAAGACGAAGAAACUAUUUUUAAUAGUAGUAAAAUAAGUACUAAGAUACCAUCCUUCAUGUACAAGAGCUUCCAUCAAGAACAUUGUAGACAGAUGUAGUGCAAUACGGGUUGUCUAGUCAAAGCAGGGGAAGUAGGGGAUCACUUACACUAAUACACUGUAAUAUAAGCUUGAACACUGUAAUAUACAGUUAAUAUAGUUUAAUAUAAUGUUCUCUGGUGAAGCAGUGGCUACUGUAAUGCCAUCUGGUGACCUGAUUGUUUCUGAUUCUUGCAGGCGUCCGUCUGAGGUGCAGAGACAUUCAGACCUUCUCGUGUUUCCUACCCGAAAUUGUAUUCGAUGCUUUAAAAUCUCGUGAUUGCAUUCACAUGAAAAAAAAUCUCCUGGUUUUGUUUCUUUUUUUAAAAAAAUAUUGUUUAAUGUUUGCCAGAGACACAAUCGUUUCGCGAAAUGGGUCUAGAGACAAAGCUUUGGGAUUUCAUCUUGAAGACUUUUCUUUUGAGUUCAACAGACAAAGUAUUUGUGUGCAUGUGAUGUGUUUGUGCCUGUAGUUGUGUCUGUUGUGUAAGUGUCCACGUGUGUGAGUGUGUGUAGAAAGUCGAAGAGGGCAUUCCUGUACCCAUGGGCUUCGGAGAACAUAGGUAACUUGUUGGUGACCUACCUGUACAUGACAGAAGCUAGAAUGGUUCGCGUACCUAGUUUUAAACACCGUUGCUCUCAGAUAUAAUGCUGGAAUUUUUUCCUGCUGAACUCUUCAAGAGAUAUACUUUUUAUAUUCCGAUUGCUGUGUAUUGAAAAAUAUUUGAAAACUGAAUAUUUUCAUUUACGAAUCACUUUGUUGUUACAAUACUCUUGGGAUACAAUGAGGUAAUAGUAAAGACAAGUAAGAUAGCAUGUCUGAUGUUUUUAAAGUAAAGGUUGUGUGGAUGAUCAGUUGAGUGACUGUGAAAAGUUUCGCGUCAAAUCUGUUAAGAAAAAAUAUACAGAAGGUUCCAGAAAGGGCAGCUGAAUGUAAAAAAGUGGAGCUGUGAUUUCCCAGCAAAGUUUGGUAGCAAUUUUUGACAUCUUGCAUUCUUGGAAAUUGUUCAAAAUAUACUUUUUCGUCUAUUUGUUUAGAAAAUUUAUGAUUGUUUUCAAAAAUAAACUUUUUGUAAAAAGCUCCCUAUUUUGAUAUUGUUAAAAAUCAGUUUCAGGGUUAGUCAGUCACAGAUGAAAGCUUCGCAGUAGAACUUCAACUUCAUUGACUCGAAACCGUCGACGACUGUUUACUUCGUAAGAACAUGUUCACAAACUGUCAUUCUGGUCCGGCUGUUAAUUCCCAGAAGUAUACUCAGCACUAUUUAUUUAUAAUUAAAAUCCAGCUGUUUUAUGUUAAGAUUUAAUUGCGCUAAGUAACUUUUGAUGUUAUAAUUAGUGUCGUCUGUUGAGAAUUAUUAGUUGACCGUUAGUAGCAUUACCGUACCUCUGUGAGUCUGGGAAAAGGAAUUUUUAAUUUUUGAAUUGGAGUGUGGUCAUUUUUGUUUUCCUUUCUGGAUAUAUUUGUGUGUAUUUAUUAUAGAAUACAAAACCUGCAGGAGACAAGUGAAGUAUUUUCCAGCCAAAACUUGUAAAUGUUAAUUCUCGUCAAUAAAAAGUCUUUCAAGGUUGCAAAA